UCUCUUGAGCGUCCAAGCGACAGCCAUCGAUGACGAAACCCGCCGUCGGACAGUAGGAACGGCGGGGAGAGACGUGCAACGAAUGAUGCGAGGAGUGAGGGCCUUCAAGAGCGCUGCCAGUGACAAGGAAGCCAAGUCAGAGAAGAAGCUCGUGGCGUUCAGCAAGGAGGAAGGCACCGAGGCAACGAAAGAAGGCAGGGCGGCAUCGAUGCUCAAGAAAGCGAUCUCCAAGACGAGCGGCGAGGAGAGCGCCGUCUCAGCCAGCUCUGCAGCGGAGACAUCGGAGAGCAGCGACAGUCAAGAAGCCGACGCUGGCAAAGUCGAGACGCAAAAAGACAUGUCUCCUACGGAGCGUCUUGGCAGGUCAGCGAGAGUGUGGAGAAGCGCUUGAGCUUUGCCCAUGGUCACGCCUGGUUUGUCUCUACAGACUGUACAGUGUCCACGCUUCUGCAAUCUCUCAAGAAGGACGGACUUUCAGUCAGGCAGGGACCGACGUGCAGAGGCUGCUUCGAGGUGCUGCAGCGUUCAGAGCUGCAGGAAAGAGACGAGCCACCGCACCGUCUGCCCCUCCGCAAGCUGACGAGGACCAGUCGCGAGAAGCUGCUUCAGCCAAGGCUUCGUCAGCUUUUCCAAAGAAGGGCUUGCCACAAGGCAUUGCAUCGAGGCUGAGAUUGAAGGCGAAGAGUGCGGCACAGAGCGGUAAAGAAGGUGGCGAGAUAUCGGAGGUCGCAAGCAGCUCAAGCUCGUCUGAAGUCAAGGCCGAGGACUUCGAAAAGCAGGAAGGCGUGACGACCACCGAGAGAAUGGCCGAGUAAAAGAAUGAACAUACACCGCAGACAAUGCGCAUUCUUUUACUCGGCCAAUUCUUUUACUCGGUGUGCGUGUCUUUUUAUUCCCUGCAGCCUACUGAGAGCCCAAGCUGGAGGUCAGUACAGGUUGCGAUGUCUGCAUUGGUUUCUUCUUCAUGUAUCCUGUGGAUGCUUAGCAAUCGCGGAAGAGCGAGGCAGAAGCAUGAGCACGGCAGGCCGCGACGUGCAGCGAAUGCUGCGAGCGGUAAGUGCCUUUCGCAUGAGUUCUCCAACCCCUCCUCAGCCUUCUCGUGGCGGCGAAGGGGAAGCAGAGCAACGAGAGGGAGGCAGAAGACGCGGAGGUUCGUCGUCAGCUCAGCGAUUCAUCAGGUGAAACCGUACCAAUCGAUUCACACAGCGAGGCAUCUGUUCGUACCAUAUUCGUUCGACACAUAAUUUUCCAUGCAGUAUGUAUCGAGCCGAGCGCAAGAGUGAAUGACAGGUGUGUAUGUAUGUAUUCCUUCCAAUGCUUCUCUCUUUUUUCCCGUGCCGUUCAUGUCCCGUGUCUCCCUCACAAUGUUCAUCAAUUAUGAGUCGGGAACGAAUUCUUUGCCUGGUGGCACAGGCUGGUGCGAUUGCGUUUGAGGCGUCACACUGUGGCUGUAGAGAUGGGAUUUGGUUCUGUGCGGGAUGGUCGGUCAUUGUGUUCAAGU